GCAGCCUCCACAGUCCAGAAACACAUCCGUGGUAUCGGAUUUCCAACCCCCUUUCAAGGAUCCACUGAACGUUGCCGAGGGUACCCAGCUGAUCACAAACGUCGCCCCAGAGCAACCGCGCGGGCCGAGAAUUUUUGAAAAAGAAACGAAGCGGACCGGAUUUCCGGUGUUCUGACCGUUGUGGAUCGCAACCCCAAAUCCAUCAGUUUCAGUAUUUAGGCACGGCUGCUGGGUAUUUAAAGACGUACAAGCUGAUUGCCCUCGGAGUCAAAUUUCUGCCAUGUCGACCAUCUCGAACAAUUUUGACGCCAUUUCGGAUGCCGUAGACAGAGUAAACAUUCUCAAGGGGACAGCUAAUGUCUGGGACAGUCAAUCCGAGUUCGACGAAGGUCUCGACAAGACACGGUUCCGACAGUACGCCAACGCAUGCGACCGCGUUAAAGGAUUUUAUCAGGAACAGCAUGAGAAGCAGACCGUGCAUUUUAACCUCGAGGCGCGCGCAAACUUGAAGAACAAUGUACGUGCGAGAAUGGGCGUAUGGGAGGCUCUCGAGCUCCUCAACACUCUCAUAGACGAGUCGGAUCCCGACAUUGAUCUCUCCCAAAUCGACCACCUCCUGCAAACCGCCGAGUCCAUUCGUCGUGACGGCAAACCCGAGUGGAUGCAAGUCACAGGUCUUGUACAUGAUUUGGGGAAACUGCUUUUCCUUUUCGGUUCAGAGGGUCAGUGGGAUGUUGUUGGUGAUACAUUCGUCGUGGGAUGCCGUUUCUCUGACAAGAUCAUCUACCCUGAGACCUUCAAGGCGAACCCAGACUCCUCCCACCCUGUUUAUUCAACCCACUAUGGGAUGUACGAGCCGCACUGUGGGCUGGACAAUGUCAUGCUCUCGUGGGGACAUGACGAGUAUCUCUACAAUGUUCUCAAAGACCAGUCUUCUUUGCCAAAGGAAGGCCUUGCUAUGAUCAGAUACCACAGUUUCUACCCAUGGCACCGUGAGGGAGCGUACUCCCAUCUUACCAACGAAGAAGAUGAAAAGUGUCUCGCCGCUGUUCGAGCUUUCAACCCAUACGACUUGUACAGCAAAAGCGAUACUCCCGUGGGCGUAGAGGCGGUCAAGCCUUACUAUCAAGCCCUGAUUGCCAAAUAUUUCCCGCCUGUUAUCAAUUGGUAAAUGUAGCACUGUAGAUCGGGAGCCCAUUUCGGGUAGUAUGCCAUCGACAAGGAGAGGGAGAAUUUAUGCGAUAGUUUUUCUUGUUCAUAUUUAGUGUCACUUAUGGCUAGUAGUACGAAUCUUUUCUUCUGAAAACAGCGCGGCUUUCGCUGGAGAUAGUUUCAUUCGUUAGGGCGGAAACGAAGCCUUAUAAUGAGAGCAGCGUCUUCUGUAAUAAGCUCCAAAA